AGGAGAAGCCUCUUGGAUAUGGGAUCAUAUCUGGUUUAUCACAGUCUGGGUUUGAUCCUCUGCUGCUCCGUACUGAGUUCAGUCUACGCUCUGGUGGAUGCUGAUGAUGUCAUCACCAAAGAGGAGCAGAUCUUCCUACUGCUAAAAGCCAAAGCUAAGUGUGAACGACACCUGAAAGUCAAAGUGCCCAAGGUGCAUGAUGGCUUUUGUCUUCCUGAGUGGGAUGGUAUUGUCUGCUGGCCUGAAGGUGUGCCAGGCAAAGUGGUGGCUAUGCCAUGUCCCGAAUACAUCUAUGACUUCAAUCACAAAGGCCACGCUUACCGCCGCUGUGACCUGAACGGGAGCUGGGAGCUGGUCCCAGGCAACAACCGCACCUGGGCAAACUACAGCGAGUGUGCCAAGUUCCUCACCAACGAGACGAGGGAAAGGGAGGUCUUUGAUCGCCUCUAUUUGAUUUAUACUGUUGGAUACUCCAUCUCUCUGGGAUCCCUCACAGUUGCUGUCCUUAUCCUGGGAUACUUCAGACGUUUGCACUGCACUAGAAACUACAUCCACAUGCACCUGUUUGUCUCCUUCAUGCUGAGAGCCAUGAGCAUCUUUGUGAAGGACGCGGUCUUGUACUCCGGGUCAGCUUUGGAGGAGAUGGAACGGAUCUCAGAGGAAGACUUGAAAUCCAUCACUGAAGCACCUCCAGCGGAUAAAUCACAGUUUGUGGGCUGUAAAGUAGCAGUGACUUUCUUCCUCUACUUCCUGGCAACCAAUUACUACUGGAUUCUGGUGGAAGGGCUCUAUCUCCACAGCCUCAUCUUCAUGGCAUUUUUCUCAGAGAAGAAGUAUCUUUGGGGAUUCACGUUAUUUGGCUGGGGACUCCCUGCUGUAUUUGUUACAGCGUGGGCCAGCGUGAGAGCCACUCUAGCCGACACAGAGUGUUGGGACUUGAGUGCUGGCAAUUUAAAAUGGAUCGUUCAGGUGCCCAUCCUGGCAGCUAUCGUGGUAAAUUUUGUUCUUUUUAUCAAUAUUAUCAGAGUCCUAGCAACCAAGCUACGAGAGACGAACGCAGGGAGGUGUGACUCAAGGCAACAGUACAGGAAGCUGCUGAAAUCUACCCUCGUCCUCAUGCCUCUGUUUGGCGUUCACUAUAUUGUUUUCAUGGCUAUGCCAUACACAGACGUGUCAGGGAUUCUUUGGCAAGUUCAAAUGCACUAUGAAAUGCUGUUCAACUCUUUCCAGGGAUUUUUUGUUGCCAUCAUAUACUGUUUUUGCAAUGGAGAGGUCCAAGCAGAAAUAAAGAAGUCAUGGAGCAGGUGGACAUUAGCACUUGACUUUAAAAGGAAAGCACGAAGUGGGAGCACAACCUACAGUUAUGGACCAAUGGUUUCCCACACCAGCAUCACAAAUGUAGCCACAAGAGGAGCACUUGCCCUCCAUCUCAACACAAGACUUUUACCAGGGACCCUCAAUGGACACAGGAAUUUGCCAGGUUAUGUAAAAAAUGGCUCAAUUUCUGAGAACUCCAUGCCUUCCUCUGGACCAGAGCAGUACAACAAAGAUGAGGAGUACCUGAACGGCUCUGGGCUUUACGAUGGAGACAGACCCGCGGUACUUGUGGAAGAAGAAAGAGAGACAGUGAUGUAAAACAGAGGAGGAGGGGGGAAAACAACAAAAGGAAAGAAGCAGCAGAGAGAUGAAAAAGGUUCCUGGAGAGCAUUGAGUGGGCAAAAGAGUAUCAGGCCACUCAUGGGAUGCCAAAGGGUUUCCAUACAGUUCCUCUGUUCUGUGGAACGAGAGGUUGAGUUAUAUGGGAAAAGAAAACAACCAAAAAGUGAGGCAGCAAAGUGGCCAGCUGUUGAUCACAUCCAUGUACUCAGUGAUCUGUGUCUCCCUGGUGUUAGUGGAGGCAGGGCUUUGCUGUCUGCUGAACAACAGAGAUACUGAGAGUUUGCAAGGGAGGGGUUGCCAAGCAGCAGCACGUGGUCCUUGGACCUCUUGGAGAGCGUGGGCAGCCAAGGAGGACAGGAGUCUCACCUAGUAAAGCAAGAGUCUUGUGGGGAGUGUACAGUGCCAUCUUCUUGCAAGGGUACAAGCCACCCUUGAUCAGCAUCUUCAGUUUGGUUUGCUCUUUCCUUGUAAAGUCUGCCUGGUAACACACACAACACUGAUCAAGACUCCUUGGGGGUCAGAGCUGCCUGCUCUUGCAAGCACCCAACAGAGCUCACUACAACCAUUCACAGGUUCCUCCCUCAGGCAAUCUCAUUCCUUAGCAUGGGAUGGGAAGGGAGAACAGCUCAUGGUUGCUGGAUGCAGGCAGCAAACUCUCUUCUCCUCUCCCUGACCCGAGUCCCAGUAGGAAGGCAGAAGGCAGUGCAGUGUUAGGGUGGAAAAUGUGGUCACCACAAUGUGCAACGCUGUUGUUCUUCCAGAUGCAGCAGUGGAGAGAAGCCCACCAAGAGGGUCGAGGCAGGGUGGGCAAUUUGCAGGUCUUGGGUAUGUGUUCCUCUGUGUGUGUGUGUGGCUAAAACCAGUUCAGAGUGUAGCUAACUCAGCCCUCCCUUUCUGUGAGUGCCCACGGGAAGGGGCUUCACUCAUGUUGUUUAAGCCUCUAAGCUGCUUCUCAUUCUGAAUUUCCUGCUUCUCACUAGUCCAAACCCUCACCAGGAGAAAGGCUCCAUCAGCAGCCUGCCUGUAUCCCUCACAAGCACCAGCUGCUGGGUACAGACAGACAAACCCAGCUUCAGGAGGUCCAAAAGCAGAAGCUGCUGACUAAAAGCACGGGGCAUGUGGUCACCUCCUGAACAUCUUCUGAACUGCUCUUUGUGUUUUGGUCACACACACUCAUGUGUACAGCAGCUCAGACUGUACCCUGGUGUAAAACAAGUCCACCUUUAACCAAAGUCCUUGAGUUUGCCUAGAGAUGCUCAGGUGAGGAAAUGCUAUCGUGGCUGCCUGCUAAGGGAAGUGCACAAUGAAAUACCAGAGAGACCAGAAAGGUUUUGUCACCAAGCAGACUUUUUGCAGGGUGUGCCCAAAAGGUUGUUUUCUGAUGCACAUCAUCUCCAGCAACAAGCCAGAGCUGUUGGCCAACAGCAGCUGAUCAUCUAGCAAAGGGUCUCUGACACUUACCAAGCACAAAGCAGAAUUGCCCAGAUGUGGGAAACUAGGAACAGUGACCAAACAUCCUCUGGCAGCACUUGCUUCCCCAAGGGAAGGACUCUGGCUCAGCUGCUUCUCCUCAGUCCUUGUUAUAACAUCACCAUUCCCUUCCUGCAGUCUGAGUCAGCUCCUCACAGCCCUUUUUGAAUCUCAUUUCUUUUAUCCCUUCUUGGCAAGUUUCUUGUACCUGAAGCAUUUUGACCUCACCUGGCUGUUACCCAAAUGGAACAGGAAAGAGGUGCUGUGGAAGUCUGCAGAGGUUCUUUAGGAUGCAGGUGUGGCUGCUGGGAUAAUCUGCUCUCUAUCCUGGUCCAUUACAUACAGCUGCUGGGUCACACCGACCAGCACUGCUGAGAUGCAUCAGCUGGGCUUCUGAGGGCAAAUAAAGGACUAACCUCCAAUGGAGGUCAGGAAGAGCAGUUGUUAUCUUGUGUCCCACAUCUUCUUUAAAUAACCUUUUGGGGUAGGGCUUGAUGCAAAGCCCAAUGAACUCAAGGAGGAAAACAAAUCCCUCCCUUUGAUAUCUCCAAGUUUUGGGUUGAGAAUUGGUAGCAAAUGUGGUGGCUGAGAGGCAGCCCUCUGUCAGGCCCUGAGGAAGCUCCUGAGCAGCUGCAGACAUGCAUCAGCAGGUAUUUAAAAAAGCCAGUAUUUAUUUGUGAUGGUCUUUUGUUGUUUUGCAUCAUUAAAAUAAGUCAAAACCCACCCACUACCAAAUGGCAGCUAUUGCAGUGUAAGGUUUGCAGAGAACAGCCUUUGCUUGUGGUUUCCUGUUGUUGUUGUUCAUAUGAUGAUGAUAUUCUAAUAAUUGUGUUUCUUACUGUCACUUCACUGCUGGAACAAAGGAAAAAAAGGCAGACAAAGACCAAAAAACAACCCCCCAACUGCUGACUCACUCUUUGCUUGUGUUUGUUACUGUGAAUUGGAGAUUA